AUGCCUCCGGAGCCCAUCGCCCUUGAUAGCCCGGAUGAGGACGAAAGGAGGUAUCCCCUCCGCUCGGAUCGCCGCAAACCAAAGCGCGAACACGAGUCCGACAGCGAAGUAGAUGAACUCGAAUCCGACAACGACGAUGAUCCGCAAUCUUGCUCUGCGCCGCCUACGCGCAAAUCGCCGGUGCGAUCGACCAAGCCCAAGUCGGCCAGAAAGCUGAAAAAGGAGCGACACCAAGCCAAGAAGAAAAAGAAGAAGCAGCAACGUGAAGCUCGCGAAGCUCGCGAAAAGAACGAUGCUAUAGCUGCAGAGUCUGCUCCUGGCCCUGUGCCACAACCUUGCGACGGCGACGACGUCGAUGAGGACGAUGACGAACACUUACCUGGCCUGGUCGUUCCCUCCAAGGACGCCCGUCGCAAAUCGCCUGUGGAGCGCGUCACCGAAACGAGGAGCGAGGACGAAGUCGAGCUGAUCGCUUCGGAACCGCCCGGGCCUGAAACCGCUUCGGUCCCACCAGAGCGGUCGUCCGCUCCCAUCACAGUGGAUGAUGACACAGACAAGCGUCCGCCCGACAGCGCCGCCUCGGCCCCUCCCACAAUUGCAGACUCGCGCGCGGAUUCUGCGCCGGCUCCCGGAGACGUGUCCAACCCCGUCGCGUUCGAGACAUCCUCCCCACCCAUGGCUGCUAACAACGAGGCCGCCGAUGAUGUUCCCGAUGACGCGUCCGUCUCGGAUAUCAGCUCCCUGACCUACUCUGACUCGGAAGAGUGCGUCGAGGGCGAAGAAUUCUACACGAGCUCCGAAGGAUCUCAGCAUGGCUCGGACAGCGAGGACGGGCUCGGCUCGUGGACCAAGCGCGAUCAGGACAAGUGGCAAGGCUCAACUGCUCACCUUGACGCAGCCUAUGACGACGUCUACGAAGUGCGUGCGGUCCUUCGACACCGCCGAAACCCGCGUCGCGGCUUCAUGCAGUAUCGCACCGUAUGGGCAGGCUACCCAAUCUACUCAACAACUUGGGAGCCGGAGUCGCAUUUCAACAGCAGGCGGACCCUCGACGAAUAUUGGCAGCGACAAGGCGGGCGUCCAGCUGACGCCCCGUACGACCCCGCGAAUCACUCUACGCAUGACUCGGAUACCGACCGUGCCGUGAUCCGUCGACCGCGUCGCCGUGCACACGAGGCGCUGAAGAAGAAGCGCCGUGAAAUCAGGCGUGACAAGGUCGACCUUCGCAAAUACAUGGCCUCGCUCGACCACGAACGCGCCGAGAAAAAGGCAAAGGCGGAGCGCAAGUUCGAGUUGUGGCGCCGCGAAAAGCGCGUCGAGCUCGAGACCGAGCGAACUCGCGAGAAGGGCACCUCGCGCAGUCACCAGAAGAGGUUGGAGAAGCUCAACAAGAAGCGUUGGAAGCGCGCUGGCGGCGCCGACGGCGCAGGUGCUGCCGCUUCAGCCCGCUUCAGCGCAACCCAUGCAAACCGCAGCAUGGCGGACAUUUCGAUGAAGGCGCGCGCCGGCCCAAGCGUUUCGGCGCGAACUCGAGUCUCCCAGCUGGACGACAGCAUCCCCGAGAAUGACGACAAUCAGCUAGUCUUCCGAAAGUCGGCCCCGGGCUCCGGUUCCAACUAUCCUGGACUCGCAGCUUCCAUGCCCGGCCCCAGUCGUUCCAGGCCGGGUUCCACAUCCGUGCGCCCCAUUGCAGGGCCUUCCUCUGCCUCCAGGCCUGCCACCGCCUCAGGUUCGGCGUCUGGCUCGAACAGUCAAGCACCGCCUCCUCGCCCCCCUCCCGGCAGCUACAAGGGCCAGCACCAUCGCGGGCCCAGGGUGCAGAUCAAGGAGGACAUGCACAGCUUCCUCAACAAGCUCCACAGCGAUGUCGCGCGGAGUCGUGCAGCACAGGAUGGCAAUUCUCAGGCCGUUCCAGCUCCGACCGACUCGGACGGCCGCCCGAUCGCGAUGAAGCGCAGGCCGUCCGAGGCCAAACGCAGCAACCUCCUCGUCCUGCAGCCGGUCAAGGACUUCCAGGGUGGCAGCAGGCCUGCGGCGCCGGCCUCCGUCGCGCACGCUUCACACUCGACGUCUUCGGAGGCUGGAGAUGACGGAGACAACGAGCCACUCGACAUCCCCGAGAUGAGCGCCGUGCGUGGUCAGUUCAACCCGCACCAGCCGGCUCCAGACUCGGACGAGGAGCGCAAGCGGGCCUCCGUACCUAAGAGGAGCAGUCUCGCGCCACCUGCACCUCAGCAGAAGGCAAAGCAGACCGAGGAUCCUCGACGCCGUCUCAACCCUCCCUCCGCUCCGAAGCGUGACCAGCACGCGUCUUGGUCGCCGCCAGCGGACGAUGCAGGCUGGAACCCUUCCGGAUGGGACAUGGACCCCGGCCCGGCCUUCUCGCCGCCCACGUUGACGCCUCGAUCGCCGCUCGAAGGCGAAUUCCGCCAGCAUGGUCACGGCGCGCCGCGGGCUCCCGCGCCUCAGUCCGUGGUGACGCACUGCUGGUUCCAGAUCGUGACAGACGGAACACUUGGGCUGGAAGGAACGCUGUGCUCGCACGAGCCGUUUCCGAGCAACCGAGCCGAGACUCUUGGCCUCGCGGAUCGCGUGACGAUCCAGUUCGAUCGAGUCAUGCCGUUUGCGUGGAUUCGCGAGGCUCUAGCCGGGCCCGAUAUCGCCUGGCACGAAGCCAUGGUUCUACACGCGCAGGGACCUGGCGUCAUCCGAAAUCGCGCACACCUUGAUCACCUUUCGGAAAGGCUCAAGGUUACCGACAUGGCUCUGCUGUCCGCUCUCCCAUCUCCUCGCGCGUCCGUCAACGCGGAAGGCUCUGCACAGCAGCAAGAGUAUCUCGUCGCGUUUUCGAACAAAUACAGCUUGGACCCGGUUGCUGGCGUGCCGCAGGCGCUGCAGAACAUCAGUGGUCAUUCCUCGACCCUCUGCGUGAUGCCUCUGCGGCUCAGUCUGGUGUCGGCCCCAUCGCAGCUGCUCGCAUUCCGGAGGCAGCCGCCGUUAGACUCGUCCAUUGCCAGCAUCUUUGACAUCGCCGUUGGAAAGCGGUCCAUCGAGGACAUAAAGAUUGGACGCAGCGAGGUCCGCAAGGUGAAGAGGGCCGCGCAGCGAUACGGGAUCGUGCCAGCGCUGUACGAGGGCAUCCGCAGCCGCUUCAAUGUCUUGUUUCUGGGCCACAACCCGCCCGCGUACGAGAAACGCGUGCUCUACUACAUGAUCCGUAUCUUCGAGGGUGGCGUUCGUCUGAUGUUGGACGAGGAGAAGGACGCGAAGCUGUACAAGGACCCCAAGAUCGGCGUCAACGUGUUCGUGCGCAAUGCCGCGCUGAAGGAGAUUCUAAGCACGGAUCAGGAACAGGAACUCGUGCUCGCGGCGUAUCUGCGACGCUUCAAGCGAGUCCAGCGCUGCCAGUUCUGGACCUUUGGCUUCUCGCCCGAGGAUCCGGACGAGCGCAUCCGCGAACUCUUCCCGGGCCACAGUGGACUGGUGUCGUUUUCGAUGUCUGCAAUCCUCGCGGACCUUGUGCGAUCGUGCACGGAGGAGAAGCAGUCGCAAGACAGCGAGGAGGGCCAGCUGACGCAGCAGACGGAGAAGGGAUUGCAAGAAUCGAUCUUGUGCAACACGCAAGAUCACCUGCCGAGCCACUGGCGAGUGCGACUGCAUCCGUGGAUCAGGCCUUGCUUCAGACUGCUCGCAGAUCAUCUCGAGCCGGUGUGCCGUGCGCUCAAUCUCAUCGGCGAAGAAGACGAGUUCCCGAUCGAGCUGUUCCUCGAGCUGGAUGCAAAGCUCGAGGCGGUGUACACGGCGGCGUGGGUGGAGGAAUGGCCAGGCGAUGCAAUACAUGGCCUGCCGUUCGAGGAGCCCUCGGAGCUGCCAGACGAGCCGGAGGCCUUGAUCAAGCAGAUGGACGAGGAAGUGUUCGCAUCGCUGCGCGACAACCAGCUUACCAGCAUCCGUGACACGCGCUUCCACGUCAUGGUAUCGGGCUCACAGGCGGCGGACGAGCGGGGCGAAACAGAGUUGGCCGGGGUCGAGGUCGUCAGCCUGGCCGAUUUCGGCAAGAACACUGUGCGGAGAGGCGAUGAGGUGAGCAUCAGCGGAGAGGCGGGCGAAAAGCUCAACCCGCACUUCGCGUCCGCACACCACCACCUUCGCAGCCACCUCGGACCAGGUCGUCAAAGGCAGGGAAAGCGCAAGGACGCAUGGGUGGGUCGAGCCAAAGUCGAAUCCACUGUCAAGGCGACGUCUUCGCCCUUGGAAUGCACCCGUCGAUGCCGAGGGCUGAUCAGCUCGACAAUGGACCGUGACUUUUACUCGUUCGUCCGCUUGUCGGAUUUGAACUUGAACGUCACCUUCCGCAUCUCGUCUCUGCAAGGCAAGCUCGAUCGUAUCUCCCGCACUCAGCUCCUCAGGCAGCCCGAAGCGCGCCAAUGGGGCGCUCAGCAGAGCGACUACCCUGAUCUGCUGGUAGAGUGCUGUCUCUUUUCGGACAACAAGCCUCUCAGCGUCCCCGUCAAGACCGCCUACCGCCCGUUCCGCAACAACCACCAGUGGAACGAAUGGAUCACGCUUCCCUACAAGCUCUGCGACCUUCCUCUCGGCGCUCAACUUGCGUUUACAAUCUAUGACGUCGCUUCGAGCAGGGCCGCACGCGUGAUUGGAGGAACGACCUUUCCGCUCUUCAGCAAGAAGGGCACACUCAAGUCGGCACAGCAUCGACUGUUCGUCUGGAAAGGCGCGGGGGCGGAUGGAAGCGUCGAAACGGCGACGCCGAGCAAGGUCGGCGAGAUGAAGGACGAGAUGGGAAGGCUCGAGAAGGUCAUCAAGCGUCACGAGCGUGGAGACCUUCCGAGGGUGGACUGGCUGGACAAGCUGGCGUACCGCCAGGUCGAGAAAGUGUACAAGGCCGAAAGCCAGUCGAGCGACCGGCUGUUCUUGUACAUUGACCUGCCAAGAUUCGAGCUGCCCGUUGUGUUCUGCGAGGCCGAGUCCAUCUUGCCCUCAGCUGCCGCAUCAAAUGGUCUGGCUCCUCUGGCAGGUACAUCGAUGGGCUCGAAUGCGGGGCCGACCGGCCUUCCCGUGGCUGGGGGCGGCCAUGAUGUGGGAAAUGCUGCCUCUCAAGCCGGAUCCUCCAACGCCGGCACAGCGGCAUCUGGCAACCCGACGACGGCCGCGGCUGCCGCAGCAGCGGCAGCAGCGGCGCUUUCCACAGCGGACCCCAACAGGAUCACCUCGUCGCUCUUCACGAUCUUUGACCCAGAAAUCUCGCGGUCCAAUCCAGUGGAAGCAAAACACCGACGUCUUGUGCGUUCGCAUCGAUCAGGCCCGCUGGACCGCGAGCUCAAGCCGUCCGCAGAGGUGCGAGACGAGCUCAACGAGAUCCUGUCGUAUCCACCAACGCGCGUACUCAGUCCCUCGGAGAUGGAUCGGGUCUGGUCAUUCCGAUUCUAUCUGACACGAGAUCCUAAGGGUCUCACCAAGUUCCUCAAGUCCGUCGUUUGGACGGACCAAGGCGAAGCCAAGCAAGCCACCGAGAUUCUUUUGCCAAUGUGGACCGAGCCCGGCCUGGACGACGCGCUCGAGCUGCUCGGACCCACUUUUCAGGACGCACGAGUGCGCUCGUAUGCCGUGCGCCAGCUCGAGCGGGCUGAAGAUGAAGAGCUCAUUCUGUACCUCUUGCAGCUGGUGCAGGCGCUCAAGUUUGAAAAGCCCCUCGCUCGUGCUACCGGUGCGCUGGCUGGUUCUGCGACUGGCGACUUUGACGGCGACGCCCGGCGCGGCACGAGUGCAAGGCAGACUGUGGGCUCAUCGUCAAACUCGCUCAGCGACGAUGCAGCUGGGCAAGACGCAAGCGGGCUGGCGGAUUUCCUGAUCCGGCGCGGCCUGUCCAACCCUGCACUGGGCAACAACCUGUACUGGUACCUCGAGGUCGAAUGCGAAGACCCCAAGACCGGCCCGCUAUUCAAGACGGUCAAGCAGCGCUACCUGGAUCGCCUUGGGCAACUGCCCACGGGUGCAGCGCGCAGGGAGACGCUGACCCGACAGGCGACUCUGCUGGCAACUCUUUCCAGACGGGCAAAGGAGCUCCGGUCGAAUCGCGACGCGCGGCCAAAGAAGAUCGAGAAGCUGCGUGCGCUCAUCGCGGAUCCGAAGAAUGGGCUGAACCGCUUCGAGCCGCCACUGAUGCUGCCACUGGACGCCUCGGUGUCGGUCAGCGGCAUUGUCGCCGAGAAGAGCACGAUCUUCAAGAGCAAUCUCUUCCCGCUCCGGCUCGAGUUUACCACCGUCAGUCAGGCCAACUCCAACUCCAACUCGUUGGUUUCAGAGGAGCGCAGCAGCGAACUUCCGGACAGCAUCACUGCCAGUCUGAUCGAGGACGAUAUCGAAGAUGAUGGGCUCGCCAAGGCACGGGCUGGGGACGGGGGGCAGUACACGCUCAUCUUUAAGAACGGCGAUGAUCUGCGGCAGGAUCAGUUGGUCAUUCAGCUGUUUUCGCUCAUGGAUCGGCUGCUGCGCAACGAGAACCUGGAUCUCAAGAUGACGCCGUACCGCGUCUUGGCGACGGGUAGCGUCGAUGGGAUGGUGCAGUUCGUCGACUCGCUCUCGAUCGCCGCCAUCCUAUCGGCACAUCAAGGCUCGCUGCUCAACUUUCUCCGCGCGCACCAUCCGCAGCCCACGUCGCUGUCGACCUUUGGUGUGGACGCCGGUGUCUUUGAGACUUUUAUCCGCUCGUGUGCGGGAUACUGCGUCGUCACCUACCUGCUUGGCGUAGGCGAUCGGCAUCUGGACAACCUGCUCCUCGCGUCCGACGGACACUUUUUCCACGUCGACUUUGGUUACAUUCUCGGCCGCGAUCCGAAGCCGUUCCCGCCGCCGGUCAAGGUGUGCAAGGAGAUGGUGGAUGCGAUGGGCGGAACGCAGAGUCCGCACUAUGCGCGCUUCAAGGCAUUCUGCUACACGGCGUUCACGAAUCUGCGCAAGAACGCCAAUCUGAUCCUGAACCUGGUGGCGCUCAUGGUGGAUGCCAACAUCCCGGAUAUCAGGCUCGAGCCGGACAAGGCGGUGCUCAAGGUGCAGGACAAGUUUCUGCUGCAUAUGAGCGAGGACGAGGCGAUCAAGGAGUUUGAGAGCCUGCUCAACGAGACCAGCUACCUCAGCACCGUCUUUGACAGGUUGCACGACAUGGCCCAGUACUUCAGGCAGUAG